AUGAAUAGUGAUGUUAAUGAAACAAACAAUACAAUCACGACACUACCGAUAAGUGCUCUUCGAAAACAACAAAUCAAUCGACGACGAGCAUUUUUUCAUGACGAUAUUAUUGUUGAGAAUCAUAACAAAAGCAAUUCAACGAAUGAAGAGAAUAUUUCGACAAAUGCCAGUUCGAAUAACGAAGAUAAUCCGACGAGUAAAACAUUCAAGAGAAAAGUGGUCUCAUUCAGUGCGAUGCCAUUUGAGAAAAAUGUUGCCGAUGUGACUGAUUGUCUUCGCUAUAUGCAAGAAGGAAGUGAUUUACUCAAAAUUCGAUCCUAUGCUCGACAGUUUCGUCGUCUUUACAAAAUAAACGAUACACUCACCGCAAUCAGUUGGUAUCCGUCUGCGAAGAAACCAUCGAAGGCAAACAUUACAAUUGAUUCAAUCAAAGAAGUACGUCUGGGAAAAACAACUGAACGUCUACGUGAACACGCGCAACAGUAUGAGAAUGAAUCCGUCUUUUCAAUUAUUUAUACGAAUGAAACGAAUGAAUACGUCUCGGUUGACCUUGUCGCCAGCAAUGCUGAUGAGGCAAAUAUUUGGGUGACGGGUUUAUCGUGUCUGAUUACUACUCAUGGAAAUCCGUUGACAUCAGCCGAUCUCGAAGAUCGACAACAGAUGCGUGAUCGUUGGCUACGCGAUGCUUUUGCAACUGGACUGUCGUCAUCGAGCAAUUUGGAACAUAUGAACUCUAAUGAGUAUCAAAUGUUAACAGAGAAGAAUUUGAUCGACGAAGAUGAAACCAUUCGGCUACUGAGUGAUUAUGGUAUUUCAGAAGAAAAAUUAAAAGUUCGUUUACAAGAAAUUCAAGCGAAGAAACCAGAAGGUGAUCGGGGAUAUUUCUCCACCGAAGAACUUGUUGAUGUGUUUAAAAAACUUUCGACACGACCGGAGAUUUAUCAUCUUUUAGUCAGAUAUUCUCGGAAUCAGGACUUUCUUUCAACGCAAGAUUUAACAUUAUUUCUCGAAGCUGAACAAGGCAUGUCAAAAAUUACACGAGAGAAAUGUACACAGAUCAUCCAAGAAUUUGAGCCCUCGGUGGAAGCGAGACUCUUAGGACACUUAGGUAUCGAUGGUUUUACGAAUUAUCUUUUAUCUUCGGAAUGUGAUAUAUUUAACCCAAGUCAGAGAUCGAUUACACAAGAUAUGGAUCAUCCAUUAAACUACUAUUUUAUAGCAUCGUCCUACAAUACAUUUCUAUUGGCUGAUCAAUUAAAAGGCCCAUCGAGUGUCGAUGGGUUUAUUCAUGCAUUGAUGCGUGGUUGCCGCUGUUUGGAUCUCCAUUGUUUCGAUGGAUCUGAUGGGCAGCCCUUGAUACAUAAUGGUACAUUAACAUCACGAAUAGCUUUGUCAGAGGCAUUGGAAUGUAUCAAUAAUUAUGCAUUCGAAACAUCCAACUAUCCAUUGAUAUUAUGCAUGGAACUACAUUGUUGUAUCAGUCAGCAGGAACGUGUUGCUCAAUUGCUAAUUGAAAUCUUCGGUGAAAAGUUGUUUGUUAGUAGCUCGUUAUCAUCUAAUGAUGCAAAUCUUCCAUCACCGAAUGCAUUGCGUGGUAGAGUCAUUAUCAAAAGUAAAAAAUUAUCUGCAUCCGUGUCGAAUGAAAUCAAUCGAGAAUAUGGAGAAAUUACCGACGAUGAUGAUUGUUACGAGGACCAUAAACGACGAUCGAAAAAGGAAUUGAAUCAUUGUAAAAAAUAUCGGAAAUUAUCUCGGGUAUUCUCCGAUCUUGUUUGUUUACUUCGUUCGGCACCAUUCGAAGAUUUCACUACCGCAUUCAGUGAACAACAACUUGGUCAAGUGUGUACGUUUAGUGAAAGUGCAGGAUUUCGGCUAGCGACUACCGAUGCAGAAGAAUUUAUUACUUAUAAUAAACGGUUUAUUUCCAGAGUGACACCAGGAACAUGGCGUGUCGAUUCGUCAAAUCUUAAUCCGCAAGAUUUUUGGAAUGUUGGUUGUCAAAUGGUGGCAAUGAACUACCAAACUGCUGGAAAGUUUAUGGACGUGUAUAUCGGCCGUUUUCUUACUAAUGGCAGUUGUGGAUACGUCCUUAAACCAAGUUACUUACGAUCCAAUAGUAAUACAAUAGCGAGCAAUAGACUAACAAAUAAUCUGUAUCCAUCGAAUACACCUCAAAUACUACAUAUUAAAGUAAUCAGUGCUCUUCAUCUUCCUCGACCUGAACAAGCAGAAUUGAAAGCCAAUUCAGUUGACCCGUAUGUUGUUGUGCAAAUCUUCGGCGUACCUAGAGAUUGUGAUGAAGCGCGAACCAAGACAGUCUAUCAUAACUGUGAAAACCCUCAGUUUAAUGAUACAUUUGAAUUUGAAAUCGCUUUUCCGGAAUUGGCACUCGUCCGAUUCGUUGUACUCGACGAUGAUUCACUAGAUUAUGACUUUAUCGGACAAUUCACACUACCCUUUGAAUGCAUCCACCCAGGCUAUCGACACGUUCAUCUGUAUACGAUUGGUGGAGAUCUCCUUCCUAACGCCUAUCUCUUUGUUCAUGUUGCUAUCAAUAGUAAAUCUUUGACGAUUAAACCUUGUCGAACAUUGUCACGAUAUCGUCGUUCUGUCACUCGGCGUAAACUGCAUAUCGCAUCGUUCCGAUCAGUCUAUUACAAGCGAAUCGAUGAUCUUUUCAAAUCAGUGAUACAACCAUUAGAAACGGCAUUCGAAUAUCGGCAUGGUGUAGAGCAGAGUCUAAGUGAACUCAACGAACAUUGUGGUUUACCAGGUAUCUCCAAUGUCAAACAAUGCGUAAGAAAAAUCGCUAGUCGAUUACAGAAAGGCAAUCUUAUCGGUGCUGUUGUUAUUCGAAGCCAAUCAGAUAUUCCUAUCUUCGAAUAUUCAACGACGUUGCCCGAAUUAUCUCGACAGAGUAUCAUCGCUUUAGAAGAAGUCGUAGGUCGUUGUCGAGCUUUGGUAGAAAAUGGCAAUCUAAUAUAUCAGAAGUUGAGUAGUGUACAAACAGAAUUGUACGAGUUCAGUCAGAACGUUCCUAAACUGUUCGAAACGCACGGUCUACGUGGAAAGAAGUUUACCAAAGCAAUGAAUAAUUUCUCCUAUAAUCUUGCUCUUCUUCAUGGUCAAACGGAUUUAUUUAACAAAGCUAAACAAGAUGCGAGUAUCAUUAUUCAACAGAUUCUCGAAGCUGCGGAAACAACUCAUCUAUUAGUAAACACAAAUUCGUGA